AUGUUGAUUCAAGAUGCAGCUUGUCUCAGCUCAACUAGCCACUCUCCUAUUGCUGUCACUGGUAUUCCCAGGGAAGUCUCAGGUACAGACAGACCUGUGCUGUUAGUAAGGAAUAUGCCAGGUUCUGUGGAUAAGGAGGGCAUAUGCCAUUGUGUGGUUCACCUGCCCAACAACUCUAUUCUCCUCCAGCAACUCGAACAACUGCAAAGUAAAGUCCAGGAAAUUACUAGCAAAUAUGAGCUGUCCAGGUUCAAUGGAUAUGGAUAUGAUACAGAAUAUCAAGAUAACAUGGUAUUAGAAAUGAAUUAUGCCAUUGAGUCCAGAAAUUCUGCUGCUCUUGAUUCAUCCUAUAAGGCACCAGCUUUUAAUCUGCUACACCAAGAGCUGGAAGGAGCACGAGAAUUGAUCACCCAGAUUCAGUCUAAAGGAGAAGUUAGUGAAACUGGAGAUCUCAUUCAACAGCUCCACAGCCAGGUGGUAAAUGCGAGCUUCACACUCAAACUUCUGAUGGAUUCUAACCAACUUAACUUCAAAGCUCUUCAAAAAGAAGUAGAUAUGCUUGAAAGCCAACUAAGUGAAUGUAAGAGGGAGAAGGAAGAGGAGGAAGAUUCCAAACAACCUGGUCCACUUCUGUAUUCUGAUUCCUGUACUCGUGGAGGUCUCCAAAAAGUUAGCAAACCACUUGUGGUACAGCUCAAUUGGAGAGGCUUCUCAUACAAAGCAGGUACUUGGGGACGAGACUCUGCACCCAAUCCAACCUCUUCUCUCUACUGGGUAGCUCCUCUGCGUGCAGAUGGCAGGUACUUUGAUUACUACAGACUGUACAACUCUUAUGAUGACCUGGUACUGAUGAAGAACUAUAAAGAAAGAAAGAUGGGCUAUGGUGAUGGAAGUGGCAAUACUGUUUUUCAGAACUUCAUGUAUUUUAACUACUAUGCCACAGGUGAUAUGGCUAAGGUGGAUCUUUCUACUAACAAACUGGUGCUGCGUCGCCCACUGCCUGGUGCCACCUACAAUAACCGUUUUUCCUAUGCUGGUGUGAAAUGUAAAGACAUUGAUUUUUCUGGUGAUGAGGAGGGGCUAUGGGUGCUCUAUUCUACUGAGGAGAGCAGAGGCAAUCUGGUUGUGAGUCGUCUCAAUGCCAGUAGCCUAGAAGUGGAGCAAACCUGGCAUACCAGUCAGUAUAAGCCAACCCUGUCUGGGGCUUUUAUGGCCUGUGGGGUACUCUAUGCCUUACGAUCACUAAGCACUCGCCAAGAGGAAAUAUUUUAUGCUUUUGAUACAGCCACUGGGAAAGAGUGUCAUCUCAGCAUCCUGCUGGAUAAAAUGCUGGAAAAACUCCAGGGUAUCAACUAUUGUCCCACAGAUCACAAGCUUUAUGUUUACAAUGAUGGCUUCCUCAUCAAUUAUGACCUCAGCUUUCUGACAGCAAAGUGCACACUUCCAAGAGCUUCAGCCAAAAAGCCUGGGACUGAGGACCCACAAAAAUCUGUCAAGCCCAAAAUGCCUUCCAGAGUCUGA